UUUCCCCUCCUCCAUAGUCCGCCUUGUUUCCCUCCAUCUCUGUCUCAGUGCUCGGUGUUUGCGUUAAGGUGCGGAUCCGAGUCCCGCUCUUGGGGAAAUUUGAGGAAAGUCAGUCGUCAUAUACACCUUCAAAGGACAGGUUAAAGCUAUUUUAACUGAGACAACAUCGCCUUUGUGCAGUUGCUUUGAAGCUAAAGUAAAAUGGAUCCAAUGACUCAGUCCGCCCAGAUAUCAUCGUCGCAAGGGUUUGCCGAUGGACACAAUUCUGCUGCCAAAGAAUCAAAGCUAUCCGAUUCCUUUCUUUCCUCUUCGCCUGUAUCUCUCAUUCAGUCUCCUCAAGUCAUGGACCUGAUCCACUGGCGAGACCCCAAGAAGUCGGGCUUGGUGUUCGGUCUGUCCAUGCUGCUGCUGCUGUCGCUGGCAGCCUUCAGCGUCAUCAGCGUGGCCUCCUACCUCCUGCUGGCUCUGCUCUGCGUCACCAUCACCUUCCGCAUCUACAAGUCUGUCGUCCAGGCCGUGCAGAAGUCCAGCGAUGGACACCCCUUCAAAGCACUGAUAGAUAAGGAUGUCAGCAUCCCCCCUGAGACUUUCCGCAAGCACGUGGACACCAGUCUGACCUACAUCAACCGAGCCCUGAAGCAGAUGAGCCGCCUCUUCCUGGUCGAGGACCUGGUGGACUCCCUAAAGCUGGCUGUGGCCAUGUGGCUGUUGACCUACGUAGGAGCUGUCUUCAAUGGAAUCACCAUCCUCAUCCUGGCUGACAUCCUCCUCUUCGCCGUGCCUCCGGUCUACGAGAAGAACAAGACCCAGAUUGAUCAGUACAUCGACAUGGCACGUACUCAAAUUAACACCACAAUGGCCAAGUUGCAAGAGAAACUUCCCGGAGCUGUGAAGCGCAGCAAAACUGAAUGAUCAGCUCCCCCAUUUGAAAACUAUACCUUCACCAUCAUCCUCAUCUUCAUUACCAUCCUAAACCCCCUUACCCCCCUCCCCCACCACCACCCUUCUCCAGUUAACCCCCGCCCCCAGUCUAACUUCUCCUCCCUACUCCAUCAACCAACCACCAUCCUACUACACUGAACCUUGCUUAGGUAGAAAAUCUCUGAGCUACUCGAUAUUCAAUGUAAAACUACUGCGCAGCUUAACUUGCAAGCAUUAGAAAAGAACUGUGCCUGUGCAGACAGGAAGCGCGUCGCUAGCGAGGAAGUGAUGUAACGCUGCGGCGGACCCCGCCUGUCUGUGGUUGUGCCACAGGGGAAUGGAGGCAGGGUCGAGUGAACUAGACUGAAUCUAUGACCUGGUUACUUCGUGUACAGCGAGCAGGGGGGGAUGAUGGCUGUUUGUGUCACAAAAAAAGCAAAUGUCUGUACUUAAAACCACACAGUUCCCUGAAGGUAAACGGAUAAUUUAAGCUGGAAACAUUCAAGAAAAAGAAAAAUGUUUAAAAAAAAAAAAAAAAAAAAAUGGAAUAAAACCAACCUUUUGGGUUACAUUGUGGCUAGUCUUUUCCUGCUCUUGCUCUACAGCUGUUGUAUGGCUAGAUAUGAGUUCAUUUUUAGAAGCUGGUAAUGGGUUUGCUGUUACUGAUUGGCCUGUUACUGAGUUUGUUUCCAUUAACUUUACAGGCACUUGUUUAUGUAAGUUUCUGCAAUGCACUGAACUUUUAUUUUUUAAGCCCAUGAGCAGGUUGAAAUAAAAGGAUUGGAACACUGA